AAGACGAAUUUUCUUUUGAUAAAACCCCUAAAGUGACAACAAAUAAGGGAAGCAAAGGAAAUAAAAUGCGUACUUUAGAAGACAAAUCGUCCAAUUAUAAAAACUCUAAUAUAGCAAUAAGUAAAGUAAAAAAGGGGCAUAUUAUCGAAGACGAAUCUUCUGACAAUAAAACGACAAUAAAAAAAGCGAAAAAUGGACAAAUCAUAAAUGACUUUUCUAGUAACAACGCUGAAAAAGAACCAUUAAAACAAUUAAAACGAAGUCGACAACAAUUUUCCGAUGAUACUAAAUUUUCUAGUGAUGAUCCUGAACAGCUGGUAUUCAAGAAGAAAAAUAUAAAUUACCAAAAAAUCCCUUCUUUUCUUCAUAUUCCAAAAAAAAUCUGGCAUGGUUAUGUG